AUGACGACGGAAAACUCAUCAGCUGGCGACGCACCCGCCAGCACGUGGCGCGCAACGGGCCAGAAAUCUCACGAGCUUCUCACAUGCACUAUCAAGGCCCCGAUCUUCUCCUACACUCAUUUGGAACUCAUCUCCGAGUCUCCGACAACACAAGAGGCAUUGGAACUGGACAAUCUUCAAGUACGCUCGUAUUGCAAUGCUGCUCUCGCCCAGUUCCUGGGCGCAACAGGCUCCGCCAUUCCCAUCGAUAUACUCAAAGUCGAGGGCGCACAGUGCUGGCUGCGCGUGCCCCGGCAGGAUCUUAGCCCCUUCGCCGCCGCGAUCACGGCGUGGGCAGGUGUCUCGGACCAGGGAAGCCGGCGAGUUCUCCGGGUGAAGCAGUGCUCUGACUACUUGGGCGCUAUCGUCGGCACCGAUGGCCAGGACAAGCUUUGGUCGUCAUGA